UUUGCUUACUGUGCCCUACCUGGGCCCCAAGGUACUGACUCCGCCCUCUGAACCCCGGGAAAACCUAGGUGACCUGGGAGUGGGAUAUCUAUUCUUGCUGUGGUGUGGGACGUCUGAUGACUGCGGGCCGAAGACGGAGAAAUUGGGGUGCGGGGAGCGACGCCUUGCAGGAGGCUGCCCCGCCCCACUCCUCUUGAUUUCGUUGAGGAGGGAGCCGCCCCGUUCCCGCCCCUAACUAGUCCGGCCGCGAGGAGCUUCUAGGAGGUGCAGACCCAGCCGACCUGCAGAGAUGGAGGCAGCCAGCACCUGGGCGCUGCUGCUGGCCCUGCUACUGCUGCUGCUGCUGCUGGCUCUGACGCUGCCCAGGACCCCGGCCCGAGGCCACCUACCCCCGGGGCCCACGCCGCUGCCGUUGCUGGGGAACCUCCUGCAGCUGCGGCCCGGGGCGCUGUACUCGGGGUUCUUACGGCUAAGUAAGAAGUAUGGGCCUGUGUUCACGGUACACCUGGGCCCCUGGCGCCGCGUGGUGGUCCUGGUUGGACAUGAUGCUGUUCGAGAAGCCCUGGGAGGUCAGGCUGAGGAAUUCAGCGGGCGGGGAACGUUGGCAACUCUGGACAAGACCUUUGAUGGUCACGGAGUUUUCUUUGCCAAUGGGGAGCGGUGGAAACAGCUGAGGAAAUUCACCCUGCUGGCUCUACGGGACCUGGGCAUGGGCAAGCGAGAGGGCGAGGAGCUGAUCCAGGAGGAGGUGCAGAAUCUGGUGGAGGCUUUCCAGAAGACAGAGGGACGUCCAUUCAACCCUUCCAUGCUGCUGGCCCAGGCUACCUCUAAUGUCGUCUGUUCCCUCAUCUUUGGCGUCCGUUUGCCCUAUGAAGAUAAAGAGUUUCAGGCUGUGAUCCAGGCAGCAAGUGGGACCUUGUUGGGGAUCAGCUCUCCAUGGGGCCAGGCCUACGAGAUGUUCUCCUGGCUACUGCAGCCCUUGCCAGGCCCCCACACACAGCUCCAGCACCACUUGGGCACACUGGCUGCCUUCACUAUCCAGCAGGUACAGAGACACCAGGGACGCUCCCACACCUCAGGUCCUGCUCGUGACGUCGUCGAUGCCUUCCUGCAAAAGAUGGCACAGGAGAAAGAAGACCCAGGUACAGAAUUCACCGAGAAGAACUUGCUGAUGACAGUCACAUACCUGCUGUUUGCUGGGACUAUGACCAUCGGAGCCACCAUCCGCUAUGCCCUUCUGCUCCUACUGAAGUACCCUCAAGUCCAAAAGCGUGUUCGGGAGGAGCUGAUCCAGGAGCUGGGUCCCAGCAGGGCUCCAAGUCUCAGCGAUCGAGUUCGCCUCCCUUACACGGAUGCUGUUUUACACGAGGCACAGCGGCUCCUGGCCCUGGUACCCAUGGGAAUGCCCCACACCGUCACGAAGACCACUUCCUUCAGAGGAUAUACUCUGCCCAAGGGCACUGAGGUCUUUCCUCUGAUUGGCUCCGUACUGCAUGACCCUGCGGUUUUCCGGAACCCGGAAGAGUUCCAGCCAAGCCGCUUCCUGGACGACGAUGGUCGGAUUAGAAAACACGAAGCCUUCCUGCCCUACUCCUUAGGUAAGCGAGUCUGCCUAGGAGAAGGCCUGGCUCGGGCGGAGCUGUGGCUCUUCUUCACUUCCAUCUUGCAAGCCUUCUCCCUGGACACCCCGUGCCCGCCGGGUGACUUGAGUCUGAAGCCAGCUGUCCGUGGACUUUUCAACAUCCCCCCGGACUUCCAGCUGCAGGUCUGGCCCACUGGCGAUCAGUCCAGAUGAAGGAAGGAAUUUGGAAGGUGGGAGCCACCUGGGACGACACAGUGUGUGAAGCAGGAGUCUCGGGAGCUACCCCACACCACACACCAUGUACCAAGGUAGCUGUGAAGACCAGGGGGCCACAUCCCCAGGACAUAACCGCACAGCAACCGACGCGUAUGCUUUUUUGGAGAGGGCUGUCUGAAACGGGAUCUUGCUAUGGGACACAAGCAGAUCUCAAAACUUGUGAUCUUCCUGCCUCAGCGUCCUGGUUGCUGUAAUUAAAGAUAUGCACCGCCAUGAAGAGCUGCAUAGGUUUCCAGCCUACAUCAAUGUAAUGUAUACCAUCCGGAAUCACAAGCAUAUAGCUAGAUACCCCACCAUCCACCACACAAUUGCGUAUGCACACAACCUUAAUCUACACAGACACACAAACAACCCAACCGCGUUCAAGACCUCCCUGUCUAACGCUCUCAGCACCACGUUGCUGGGUCCCUGCCAUAGAAAACAGCAUGCCCCAGCUGGGGUCGUGUCACAGCCAGAACGAUGUUCCUGUCUACUCCCAUGGAAUGACCUCACCACCAUCCAGGCACACGAGUACCUCCAUCUACGGCCACUAGCCAGAAAUCCACACAGCCAAACCUUACAUGACAACAUCUUGGCUCUUCCAAACGUCUUCCCACUGAGACACACCGUGACGACAAACUAUUCCCCCGCCGCCUCCACACCCUUGCCCCUCAAACAUGCUCCUUCCAGCAAAUUUCCCCAAUAUAACUGUUUCCUGGUCUGUAACUGCGCGCACAGACCUUUUACAGAUGGGGACCACAGACCCAGAGGAAAAAAUUCCCAGUCGUGUUUUACGUAAUUGCAUUAUCAGGGGCCUGCUCUCAAACACAUUCUGAUCUCAAGCUGCCUACAAGUCCUCAUGGGAGUGCUGGAAAUGUACCCCUCCCCUGGAAGGACUAACUGGUCAAACAGGGAUGGAGCAGGGGAGUGCUGUUGGAUGUUUCCAGCCCUCCUUAUCAGGACAGAAGCCAUAUCUGACCUCUUUGUGUCCCCAUUUUGCAAUAAAAGUUUGUCUCUGGCCCGGGAACGGACACCCUCGGCUUGUGUGAGUAAGGGGUGGGGAUGAGGGAGUCCGCCCCUCCCCUGAGGCUGGGAGGGAGCAGAAAAACAUGGUUACCGCCCACCUCGCUGUUGACAUCAAUGCCAGAUGUGUAGCUGAGGGGGUGGGGAGAGGGAACAGACAGGGCUGGGGCUGUCUGCUGUGAGCUUUAGGAUCACCGGAAAGUCUUCAGCCAACAACAGCUCUGGCCUCUGGGAGGGCUCCAAAUCUGAAAGCAGAUUGCUGACACACAGGCACUAAGGACACAGGCCUCACACUCUACCCUUGUUUCCACUACCAGGCGUCUCCUGGUUUUUCCCAUCACUCCAUUUUUUUUUUAAAACAGCCAUCAACUCUAUCGAUGCUGUCUGGAGGUGUAGCUCAAUGGUGGGCGCCUGCUUAACAUGUAUGGGGCCCGGAGUUCCAUCUUCAUUACUGACAGAAAUAAAAAAUAAAAUGGCCACUAGCUUCUGCUGGGUCUACUUCACUUAUCACUCUUUGUUACGGUUAUUUUAAGAAAAAAUUAGAAAAUAA